AUGUCCUAUUCCCAGUAUUCCGGAAAUCCCUACCAGCAGGGCCCCUCGCAGGAGUCUGGCUACGGCUAUGGUAAUCCCUAUGGCCAGCAAGAGCAGCAUGAGAUGCAGCCGUACGGCCAGCCCUACGACCAGCAGCCCGCCGCGGCGCCGGCCGUCCACGUCCUCUCGCAGCAGGACUUCCUGUCGCGCGUGUCGCAUGUGCGCAGCGAGAUCCGGUCGCUGACGGCCGACGUGCAGCAGAUCGCCGGCCUGCACCAGCGGGCGCUGGCGGGCUCGGACCCGCAGGCGCAGCAGCAGCUCGACGGGCUGGUGGCCAGCACGCAGCUCAAGAACACGAGCAUCCGCGACCAGAUCCGCUCGCUCAAGGCCGACGUCGAGCGCACCACCGACGGCAGCGCCGGCCUCAAGAAGCGCCAGUUCGACGCCCUCAACAACGACUUCAAGAAGGAGCUCCAGGGCUACCUGCAGGAGGAGCAGCAGUACAAGGAGCGCUACCGCGACCAGAUCGCCCGCCAGUACCGCAUCGUCAACCCGGAUGCCACGGAGACGGAGGUGCGCGAGGCGGCCGACAGGGAUUGGGGCAAUGAGGGCAUCUUCCAGACUGCGCUCCGAACCAACCGGACAGGCCAGGCAUCUGCCGUUCUUGGUGCUGUCCGCGCGCGCCACAAUGAGCUCCAGAAGAUCGAGCAGUCGAUUACUGAGCUUGCCGGGCUCUUCCAGGACCUCGAUACCCUCGUGGUACAGCAAGAGCCUACUGUCAUUAGAGCCGAGGAGCAGACAGAGCAGACAAACCAGCACCUUCAGAAGGGUAACGAGCAGGUCGCAGUUGGCAUUACCCACGCCCGACGUGCCCGGAAACUCAAGUGGUGGUGCGCUCUCGUCGUUCUAUUGAUCGUCAUCGCCAUCGCGUUAGGCGUUGCCCUCGGUCUCACAGUCGGAAAGAACGCUACCAGCAAAUAG